GUAUCCAAUCCCCACAUGUUGGGUACAUGAAAACUACUCUCUCUCUCUCUCCUUUGUUUCUUUGUGUGUUUGUGUGUGCAUGCCAGUAUAUAACGGAGAAACAAAGGUAAAUAAGAACCCAAGAUCCGUGAUUUUGGUGUGUAUCUGCUCGAAGUACUAAUACUUGUUUGUUUUGUAUGUAAGAACAGAACAAAGCAAAGAAAGAAAAAGAAGAUUAGAAUGAAAAAUGAAUAGCACCCAGUAUUGGCAAAGAACAGUUCAGGGAUUCAUGUCAUGUGUUUGAAGAUUUGAUUUAAAGAAGAAGAAGAAGAAGAGAUGGGGAUUCUAUAUGACGACGUGGUGAUCAUCAAGCAGUCCGAGAAAGAAGAAGAGCAAAGUGUGAUUACUGUCAAUUGCCCUGACAAGACUGGCUUGGGUUGUGAUCUCUGCCGCCUCAUCCUUUUCUUCGGUUUGAUCAUUGUCAGAGUUGAUAUGUCUACUGAUGGAAAAUGGUGCUACAUAGUGUUCUGGGUAAUCGGAAAACCGACUACUAGAUGGGGUUUGUUGAAGAAGAGACUGAUGGGGGUAUGCCCUUCUUGUUCUUCAGCAUCUGGGAUUUCCUUUUACCGAUCCGAAUUGCAAACCCCCAAGCCUUCUGAUGUUUUCCUCUUGAAGUUCUCUUGUCAUGACCGAAGAGGCCUUCUCCAUGAUGUGACUGUGGUUCUUUGCGAUCUCGAGCUUACGAUAAAGAAAGUGAAGGUAUCAACCACCCCAGAUGGCAGAGUGAUGGACUUAUUCUUCAUCACAGACACCAGGGAACUUCUACACACAAAGAAGAGACAGGAGGAUACACAUGAUCAUUUAAGAACUGUUUUAGGGGAUACCAUGAUUAGUUGUGAAAUAGAAAUGGUUGGCCCUGAAAUUACUGCAUGUUCGCAAGGGCCUUCAUUUCUUCCUCCUGCAAUAACAGAAGAAAAGUUUGAUGAACGCCAAAGUGGAUCUCACACCUCCAACGAUGUUUCUAUCACAAUGGAUAACUCUCUCAGUCCUGCUCACACGCUUGUCCAAAUUGUUUGCCAAGAUCACAAAGGUCUCCUCUAUGAUAUAAUGAAAACUUUAAAGGAUUACAAUAUCCAGAUUUCUUAUGGGCGCAUCACAACAAAACAGAAAAGAAACUGUGAACUGGACUUAUUUGUCAUGCAAGCAGAUGGGAAGAAGAUAGUUGACCCUAGCAAGAAGGCUGCAUUGUGCUCUCGUAUUCGGACAGAACUGCUGCGUCCUCUUAGAGUAGCUUUGAUGAGCCGGGGUCCUGAUACAGAACUGCUGGUAGCAAAUCCAGUGGAGAUAUCUGGCAAGGGUCGGCCUCUUGUUUUUUAUGAUAUCACCCUUGCUCUCAAGAUGCUCAACACUGGCAUCUUUUCGGCUGAGAUUGGGAGGCACAUGAUUGGAGAUCGGGAAUGGGAAGUUUACAGAGUUUUACUUGAUGAAGGGGAUGGCUCAGCUGUUCCGAGGAACCGGAUUGAAGAAGCAGUUUGGAAGAUGUUAAUGGGUUGGAGUGAUGAUCACUGAAGAUACCAUUCCGAUUGGAUUGUAACAGCUUCAAUCUCUGUACAGUAUACUUCAGCCAAUAUAAAUAUUUACUAGAUGUAAAUAUAGCACGUAUAUUGUGAAAAGGCUGAGCUUGAGCUGUAUGAUGUUCUAGUUAACAACUUGUUUAGUAAAAAGAUGAAGUUAGAAGUGAGUAGAUGAGAGGGGAGUUGAGUGCUCAUGCCAUUGUAUAUAUGAAAUCUGUUGUGGAGAGGAGUUAUUGUAUCAUUUCAUGGAUGUUUCAAUAUAGCUAUAUAUGUUUAUUUGGUGGGUGAUUUGGAUUAAACCAUGCUCACUAACCAGACUGUUUUCCCUGGUUCUGUAUACAAACUAUUAUUGUACAUCUUCAUGUAAGCUAUUGAAUUAAAACUCAAGAGUUUACUGUAUCUUUGUACAUCAAUCGGAGGUUAUGGGUUCUAUUCUC